AUGAAGGGAAAUAUUAAGACCACGCUUUUUGUUAAAAUUUUUACAUAUAUCAUUUUAACAUACACAUGCCACUAUAAGAAUAAUGAGCUAACAUCUGGUAAUUACUUUGAUAAGAGAUACAAUAUUGAUAAAACAUUAAACAUAAGAAAUAAACGUUUAUUGUCAAAAUAUGAUUUUCAAAGCGAAACGAGGUAUCCACCGUCAAGUGGUUAUUUGACUUCGGAUGCUAGUAGUAGAACAUUAAACAAUGAAGAAAAACCCAUGUUAAAAAACAAAAAGGGAAAAUAUUAUGGACAUUACAUACGUCAUUAUGGUAGCGGAAGUGGGAACCCAAUAUGUGUUUUACGUAAAGGCAUAAAACAAAUUGAUAAUAACAUUGAAAAAAAAGUGUUCAAUUAUCUUGGAAAAGAGAGUGAAUAUGAAGAAAACAAUAAAGUUAUGAAUAAAAAAUAUAAAAGAACCAUUUUCAAAAAGUAUGAUAUAUAUGUAUUUUGGGGCUAUGUCUUGCCAUUAUUUGUAACAACCACUAUUAUGUUGUUAGAUUUUUCACUACGAAUUAAAAAUGGAUCUUAUAUUUUUGGUGCAUUUGUAAAAAAUUUAAGUACUCAUACGUAUAUUUUAAUAUUAUUUUUAACAUACGUUAUUUGUGCAUUAGUAUUUUGUUAUUUGGGUUACAAAAUUGAAAAAUAUACAAGAGUUAGACGCACGUAA